GUUUUGGGUUUUUAUCUUUUUAGAAUGGAUUAACUCUGACAGGUGCAAGGAAAUUAUGAUUAAGUUCUAUUUUGUAGUGUGUUAAUGAUCGAAAGGUGUUAUUUUUGUUAAAUAGUUUUCAUAGUCAAUUAGCUUGCUGGGUGGGUUGCAUGAUCUGGUUACACUGCAAAUAAAAGAAAUAUAUCUAUUUGUUGGGAUGAGAAUAAAGAUAAGAAUUUGUACUAUUGCAUUUGGAGUGCGAGUUUGAAGGUGCUGGAAUUUCCUUGAUGAAGUUUAGGGUUUAGGAAGAUCUACGCGUAAUCAGUCUCGCUGUAGAUAUGAUAUAUGAUAGGGCUCAAUAACGUAACGUUGUUUGAUCCAUGUAGCCGAUCUCAUUUAGUGGGAUGAGGCUUUGUUGUUUUUGUAUACAUAUGAUGAAGUUUCUCUCUAACUUUAUAUGUGCAUUGAUGCAAGAGUAACGAGGCAAGUUUGGUGAUAGUUAGAAGGAUGGAAGAGGAAAUGUGUCCAAAUGUGAAUAGGGAAGCCUGGUUCUGUAGAGUUGGUUAGUUACCAAUUGAUAUAUGGGCCUAGGGAAGGGUUGCAUUUGUGGGACGAAAACAUGGUGGAUCAAUAGUGAAUGUGUUUUCACAUUAUUUAUGUUGCUUUUGUGUUAUACCAGUAAUCAACAUUCUUUUGUGGUUGAACCUAUGGGAUAUUGCUCAGCCGGAAACCAACCUUACACACCAUGUUUAAGUGGUUAUUAAGGAUUUUCACAAAUCAAGGAUGGCAAGGACAUCAAUAUUUCCUGAUACUGCUUAUAAUUCGCCUGAAGAUUCUAUAAGCCAAGAUGUGAUUGCAGCUGUUGAGAAGAGCAUGAAAAAAAAUGCUGACAACCUUAUGCGGUUUCUUGAAGGAAUUAGUUCAAGGCUAUCACAGUUGGAAUUAUAUUGUUACAAUAUUGACAAAUCAAUUGGAGAAAUGCGAUCUGAUUUAAACACUGACCACGGGGAGGCAGAGUUAAAGCUCAAUUCUCUUGAGAAACACAUUCAGGAAGUACACAGAUCUGUACAGAUUUUGAGAGACAAGCAAGAGCUAGCUGAUACUCAGAAGGAGUUAGCCAAGCUUCAGUUAGUUCAGAAAGAAUCAUCCUCCACAAGCCAUUCACAUUCCAACGAGGAGAGGUCUUCACCUUCUGCCACUGAUCCAAAAAGAACUGAUAAGGCAUCUGACGCACAUAACCAGCAGUUAGCUCUUGCCCUGCUUCAUCAAGUUGCCCCACAGCAACAGCCUGUGGCACCUUCCCCAGCCCCAGCUCCAGUUCCAGCUCCAGCUCCAGCUCCAGCUCCAGCUCCAGCUCCGGCCCCAAAUGUAGCACCAGCCACUCAACAAUCAUCUUAUUACAUGCCACCCACUCCUUUGCACAAUCCGCCAUCUGUGGCCCAAGUUCCCCAGAAUCAAUAUUUGCCCUCUGAUCAGCAGUAUAGAACUCCGCAACCAACAUCAUCACAAGCAACGCAAUCUCUGUCUAUGCAACAAUAUUCUCAGUAUCAGCAACCACAACUGCCACAGCCGCAGCAGCAGUGGCCUCAGCAGGUGCAACCUCCGCAACCACCUCCAAUGCAGUCACAGAUGAGACCCCCUUCAACCAAUAUUUACGCUCCUUACCUGCCAAACCAUGCUACAAAUCCCUCUCCCUCGGAAACACUACCAAACAGCAUGCCAAUGCAAAUGCCAUAUUCCAGAAUUCCACCUGCAGCUUCCGGCCAUAGCGAUGCCAUGCCGUAUGGAUACAGCGGAUCUGGUAGAACAGGUCCGCAGCAACCACUUCCGCCGCAAAUCAAGAGCUCUUUUCCAGGACAACCAGGUGAUCCAUAUGGAACAAGUGCUACUCAUGCCGCGCCCCCUCCUACUAGUGCAUACAUGAUCUAUGAUAGUGAGGGAGGAAGAACACAUCCUCCCCCACAACCACCUCAUUUUGCUCAAGCUGGAUACCCUCCAUCGAGUGCUUCGCUUCAGAACCCUGCACCACAUAACCUCAUGGUCCGGAAUCCUAGCCAGACACAGUAUAUUCGUGGCCAUCCCUACAGCGACUUGAUCGAGAAGUUGGUGAACAUGGGAUUUAGAGGUGAUCAUGUGGCAGGGGUGAUCCAGAGGAUGGAGGAAAGUGGGCAGCCUGUAGAUUUUAACUCGGUACUUGACCGGUUGAAUGUGCAUAGUUCUGUUGGCCCCCAGAGGGCAUGGUCAGGGUAAAGAACUUUGUAUACCAUGUCUUGUUUCAUCAAUGCAACGAUGAUGUCAAAGUUGACCCUUACCUCCUCCAAACAUGGCAUGCCCUAUACAAUCAUGUCGUGUUUUAUUAUGCAUGAAUAAACCUUUAAUGCACUAUUAUAUUAUGCA